GGCUGCACAAAGAGUCCUCUGAACGUUUCAUCAGGAAAGUUCAAGGUACUUUGUACAACUUCUGUCACACAGUCCGUGCACUUUACAGCACGUUUGUAAAAAAAAAAAAAAAAAAAAAUAAGCCUUCCUGAGAAUUUGAACUGGACGCAUGAUGAUGGGGAUGCAAAGAGGAUAAGUGGCCAAGACCCAGGAAGGUCGUCCAACUCCCCCAGACCCCGAAAUGGAGAACGACAGAAGCAAGAGAGUCCUUUAACACCCCGGGUUCCCCCCAGGACCAUGGCUGCCCUCAGGAAGAAGCUGGUGAUCGUUGGGGAUGGAGCAUGUGGCAAGACAUGCUUGCUCAUAGUGUUCAGCAAGGACCAGUUCCCAGAAGCCUAUAUGCCCACGGUGUUUGAGAACUACGUGGCGGACAUCGAAGUGGACGGGAAGCAGGUGGAGUUGGCUCUGUGGGACACGGCGGGGCAGGAAGACUACGACCGCCUGAGGCCCCUCUCCUACCCGGACACCGACGUUAUCCUGAUGUGUUUCGCCAUCGACAGCCCUGAGAGUCUGGAAAACAUCUCAGAAAAAUGGACCCCAGAAGUCAAGCACUUCUGCCCCAGCGUACCCAUUAUCUUGAUUGGGAAUAAGAAGGAUCUUCGCAACGAUGAGCACACGCGGAGGGAGUUGGCCAAGAUGAAGCAGGAGCCCGUGAAACCCGAAGAAGGCAGAGAUAUGGCCAACAGGAUCCGCGCCUUCGGGUACCUGGAGUGUUCCGCAAAGACCAAAGACGGAGUGAGGGAGGUUUUUGUGAUGGCCACGAGAGCUGCUCUGCAAGUCCGACGCGGGAAGAAAAAAUCUGGGUGCCUUGUCUUGUGAAGUCUCGCUGCAAGCACGCCCUCAGGCGGUUGAUUUCCCAGUGCUGUUUAUUCAUCUUCAUGCAUGAUUCCUGACCUUUUCCAUUUAUCUCUAAUUUACCUCGGAUUACAAAUCGGUAUUUAGAAGCCAACCGUGAUUAUUACGGAUAUCCAACCUAACGUCUGACCUGCCAGGGUCCUUCUAACCGCUGCUCUAACAGCCCUCUCUGCACUCCACCUGACACACCAGGCACUAAUUCAAGGAAUUUCUUAAAGGUCUUGCUUCUUUCUAGAAAGAAGAACUGGCAACUUUUGUGACUGUAACUACUUUACAACUCGCAUGUCUUGCCUAUCACCUGUCCCCUGUGAAGAACUCUGGUGACUCAUUCCCUUUGGAGGUUUCUCUCCUCAGCAGAUUUCAUUGGCCUGUCUCUGGGGUGGGCACCCAGUUUCUUGAAAAUGUCCUCAGCCAGAAAGUCCCAAGUCCAUGCAGCUGUGGCAGAGUUAAAGUUCUGUGGUUUCAUGUUAGUUACCUUAUGGUUAUUGUGUGAU